CUCUCUCUCUCCCUCUCUCCUUCACUCUCUAUAAGGUGACCUGCUCCAGCUGUGCUCCUCCAUAAAGCUCCACAAGCCUCACACUCGCACCGUCUCUUUCUCUCUCCCUGGACUUCACUUGAGAUUUCUCACCGGUGACUCGACACCCUGAGCUUCACAUCUGAAGCACGAAAAACAUCAUCACCAUCAAAACCAGACUGGAGUCUACGGGGUAUUUCUGACUGGAUCUCUGAAUGGACUCUUUUUAAUCUGAACUCAUUCGAUUGUUUUAAUUAUUAUUAUUAUUAAGUGGAACAUCAGAUUGAAUCCGGUGAGGAGAUGUUUUCUCCAGGCAGUGUGAGGAUGCAGGAGGUUGUGUGUGGUGUGCUGCCGCUGCUGCUGCUGUUUAUAUUUGGUGCUGCUGGAGAAGUGACGCGAGGCUGUCCUGGUCCUUGCUCGUGCCCCCUGACGCCCCCCUCAUGCCCAGUGGGAGUGAGCUUGGUGCUGGACGAGUGUGGCUGCUGUAAGGUGUGUGCGCAGCAGUUUAAUCAGAACUGUGGACCAGACAAACCCUGUGACCACAUUAAAGGCCUGCGCUGCCACCUAGGGGCCGGAGGAGACCCGCAACGUGGCUUGUGCAGGGCUGAUUCUCAGGGUCGGCCGUGUGAGUUCGGAGGGCGCGUGUACCAGCACAGUGAGGACUUCCAGCCCAGCUGUGAGCACCAGUGCACCUGCAUGGACGGUGUGGUGGGCUGCAUGCCGCUCUGCCCCCACCACAUACCCCUACCCACCUGGCAUUGUGCCAACCCUCGGCUGGAGACGCCCCCGGGUCGCUGCUGUGACGAGUGGGUGUGUGAUGACGACAAUCGCAUUGAUGAAGAGCCCCGGGACCUGCAGCCUACAUGGCUGCAUACAAACCACAUCGACAAACUGCAGAGAGCUUUAACAGCCAGAGCAGGAGACAACCUCCAAGAAUGGACAUCGCUGCACAUGUCUCAAGUCCGGAUUCCAUCCGAUUGUGUUCCACAGACCACAGACUGGUCCGAAUGCUCCGCCUCCUGCGGUUUUGGCAUCUCCAGUCGCGUGACCAACAUGAACCCGCAGUGUAAACUCGUCCGGGUGACGCGUCUCUGUCGGGUCCACGAGUGCGCCGCUGUACCUGCUCUCAGGAAAGGAAAGAAGUGCAGACGGACGCUGAGGUCCCGGGAGCCAGAGCACAUCUCGUUCGGCGGCUGCACUACAGCGAGGCGGUACCGGCCCAAAACAUGUGGCUGGUGUGCUAAUGCCAGAUGUUGUCGUCCGUCUGAGACUCGCACCGUACGCCUGCGCUUCAUCUGCCCCGACGGAGGAAGCGUCACGCACAACGUCCUGUGGAUCCAACGAUGCCGCUGCAGCCAGAGCUACUGCCGUGCAAACGGAGACGACUCGCCUCCAUCCAUCAGCCUGCACAACGACAUCCAUACCUUCUCACACUGAUCAUCUCACACCAUCGUCUGCCACCUCCUUAAAGGAGGAUCGAAAAAGACUUUGACACAGUUUUAACUUUCAUAUCAAACCUAUUGUCUAAUCGGCACUAUGCUGCUGAUUCUGCUGAUUCAGCUAACAAAUAAGAAGAAUAUAAAGUCUAUUUAUUGCAAAAGAAAACAUCCCGAGAUAUUUAUAGUUCUGAGAAAACUUCGGAUUGGCUCCUCCUGUUUAAUACUGUGCCAAGAAAUGGUUUGUUUGGGUAUAUAUACACUAUAAGAACAAAAAUAUUGGGGUUUUUUUUCCGAAGUGUUCCCACAAAUUUGGAGGCACAUAAUAUUUUUAGGACGUCUUUGGAUCUGGGGAGCAUGAAAUUUCUCCUUCACU